AUGGAGCACCGCAUCGUGGGUCCUGGGCCCUACCGGGCCACCAAGCUGUGGAACGAGACGGUGGAGCUUUUUCGUUCCAGGAUGCCUUUACGGAAACAUCGGUGUCGUUUCAAGAGCUACGAGCACUGCUUCACAGCCACGGAAGCUGUGGACUGGCUGCACGAGCUUCUGAGGAACAGUCAGAACUUUGGGCCCGAGGUAACUCGCAAACAGACAGUCCAGCUGCUGAAGAAAUUCCUGAAGAAUCACGUGAUCGAAGACAUCAAGGGAAAAUGGGGUCAGGAGGAUUUUGAAGACAACCGUCAGCUCUACAGGUUUCCUCCUUCCUCACCCCUGAAGCCAUAUCCAAAGAAGCCCCUGCAUCAAAGAGAUGUUAUCAAAUUUCCAGAAUGGAAUGAUCUCCCACCAGGCACUUCACAAGAGAACAUUCCCGUGAGGCCAAUUGUGAUGAAUUCUGAGAUGUGGUUCAAGCGGCACAGCAUUGCUAUUGGAGAGGUGCCGGCUUGCCGUCUCGUCCACCGAAGACAGCUGACCGAGGCCAACGUGGAGGAGAUCUGGAAGUCCAUGACGCUAUCCUAUUUACAGAAAGUCCUUGGCCUGGAUUCCCUGGAAGAAGUUCUAAACACCAAACUUGUCAACUCCAAGUUCAUCAUCCAUAACGUAUACAGUGUCAGCAAGCAGGGCGUCGUCAUCCUGGAUGACAAGUCAAAAGAGCUUCCUUAUUGGGUCCUGUCAGCUAUGAAGUGUUUGGCAAAUUGGCCGAACUGCUCUGAUUGGAAGCAGCCUAUGUACUUGGGGUUUGAGAAAGAUGUCUUCAAGACAAUCGCGGAUUACUAUGGUCACCUGAAGGAGCCACUGCUGACGUUCCAUCUGUUUGAUGCUUUCGUCAGUGUCCUAGGUUUGCUGCAGAAAGAGAAGAUGGCAAUCGAAGCUUUCCAGAUUUGUUGUCUCCUUCUGCCUCCUGAAAACAGGAGAAAGCUGCAGCUGCUGAUGAGGAUGAUGGCAAGGAUCUGCUUAAACAAAGAGAUGCCGCCACUGUGUGAUGGCUUUGGCACCCGCACGCUGAUGGUUCAGACAUUUUCUCGGUGCAUCUUGUGUUCUAAGGACGAAGUAGACUUAGAUGAGUUGCUAGCUGCUCGAUUGGUGACAUUUCUGAUGGACAAUUACCAGGAGAUUCUGAAAGUUCCUUUGGCCCUGCAGACCUCCAUUGAAGAGCGUGUGGCUCAUCUGCGAAGAGUUCAGAUAAAAUACCCAGGAGCUGAUAUGGAUAUCACGUUGUCUGCGCCUUCUUUUUGCCGUCAAAUCAGUCCAGAGGAAUUUGAAUACCAAAGGGCAUACGGCUCUCAGGAGCCUCUGGCAGCCUUGUUGGAAGAAGUCAUAGCAGAUGCCAAACUCUCCAACAAGGAGAAGAAGAAGAAGCUGAAGCAGUUUCAGAAAUCGUACCCUGAAGUCUACCAGGAGCGAUUUCCUACACCAGAAAGUGAAGCGCUUCUCUUCCCUGAAAAGCCCAAGCCCAAACCGCAGCUGUUUAUGUGGGCGCUGAGGAAGCCUUUCCAGCCAUUUCAGAGGACGAGAAGUUUCCGGAUGUGAUACAGCGACGGUGCUUUAAAGACCUCAGCACUCGAGACAGUUUUCAGUCAGUCGAGGCUCAAGAAUGCUAAGUUAUAAACUACUGAAAUAGGGGUUUCAGAGAAGCCGGACCUGACUAUUUCCAUAUUGAGCCAUUGUCAGUAUUUCUAUAAAUCUCAAUGCUGUCUUUAGAGAUGUACAAAUCAGUGAACGAUUACAAGCCACGUGUAUAGUGGUGGUGCAACAGGCUUGGGAUUGUUGCAGAGUCUAAAGGUAAAGUGUUCCCCCUCUUCUAUUUGUUGUUUUCUAUAGUAUGUAAAGUUCUUGUGUGUGCUUUCUCCUCCCUGACACGUCUGUGAAAACCAAGCCUAAGAAUA